CCUUCCCUUUCCAGCCAUCGCAUCGUCAUCGGCUCAUCUCUCGUCUUAACGCAGCAGCAGCGCGCGACUGGGCGGCGUCCCACGCCCUCACCUCCCUCCGUUACUGCCUCUGCCUUGCUCCCCAACCCCAGCAGCAAGCAAGUCCACAGCGAUGGCUCCGAUAACCGCAAGGCCGGUGAGGUGAGGCGAGGCGAGGAAAAAAAAUCGGACGCACCCGAGCGAGCGGACGCGGCCACCUAAUCCGCAACAAUCCACCGCGUCGGCGCCAUGGCUUCGGGUAGCGGCGCCACGCCCACGCGCUCCCCCUCCUCGGCGCGGCCCGCGGCGCCGCGGCACCACCACCACCACUCGCAGUCCUCGGGCGGGAGCACGUCCCGCGCGGGAGGGGGUGGCGGGGGCGGGGGCGGCGCGGCCGCCGCGGAGUCGGUGUCCAAGGCCGUGGCGCAGUACACCCUGGACGCGCGCCUCCACGCCGUGUUUGAGCAGUCGGGCGCGUCGGGCCGCAGCUUCGACUACACGCAGUCGCUGCGCGCGCCGCCCACCCCGUCCUCCGAGCAGCAGAUCGCCGCCUACCUCUCCCGCAUCCAGCGCGGCGGGCACAUCCAGCCCUUCGGCUGCACGCUCGCCGUCGCCGACGACUCCUCCUUCCGCCUCCUCGCCUUCUCCGAGAACGCCGCCGACCUGCUCGACCUGUCGCCCCACCACUCCGUCCCCUCUCUCGACUCCUCCGCGCCUCCUCCCGUUUCGCUGGGUGCAGACGCGCGCCUCCUCUUCUCCCCCUCGUCCGCCGUCCUCCUCGAGCGUGCCUUCGCCGCGCGCGAGAUCUCGCUGCUCAACCCGCUCUGGAUCCACUCCAGGGUCUCCUCUAAACCCUUCUACGCCAUCCUCCACCGCAUCGAUGUCGGCGUCGUCAUCGACCUCGAGCCCGCCCGCACCGAGGAUCCUGCACUCUCCAUCGCUGGCGCAGUCCAGUCCCAGAAGCUCGCCGUCCGUGCCAUCUCCCGCCUCCAGGCGCUUCCUGGCGGUGACGUCAAGCUCCUUUGUGACACCGUUGUUGAGCACGUCCGAGAGCUCACAGGUUACGACCGUGUUAUGGUGUACAGGUUCCAUGAGGACGAGCAUGGGGAAGUCGUUGCGGAGAGCCGGCGCAGUAACCUUGAGCCAUAUAUUGGGUUGCAUUAUCCUGCUACAGAUAUCCCACAGGCAUCGCGCUUCCUGUUCCGGCAGAACCGUGUGAGGAUGAUUGCUGAUUGCCAUGCUGCGCCGGUGAGGGUCAUCCAGGAUCCUGCACUACAACAGCCACUGUGCUUGGUUGGGUCCACGCUGCGUGCACCACAUGGUUGCCAUGCGCAGUAUAUGGCGAACAUGGGUUCCAUUGCAUCUCUUGUUAUGGCAGUGAUCAUCAGUAGUGCUGGCGAAGAUGAUCACAACAUUGCACGGGGCGGGAUCCCGUCAGCAAUGAAGUUGUGGGGGCUGGUAGUGUGCCACCACACCUCUCCACGGUGCAUCCCUUUCCCACUACGGUAUGCAUGCGAGUUCCUCAUGCAGGCCUUCGGAUUGCAGCUCAACAUGGAGUUGCAGCUUGCACACCAACUGUCAGAGAAACACAUUCUGCGGACGCAGACGCUGCUGUGUGACAUGCUACUCCGGGAUUCACCAACUGGCAUUGUCACACAAAGCCCCAGCAUCAUGGACCUUGUGAAGUGUGAUGGUGCUGCUCUGUAUUAUCAUGGGAAGUACUACCCUCUUGGUGUCACUCCUACAGAGGCUCAGAUUAAGGACAUCAUUGAAUGGUUGACUGUGUGCCAUGGAGACUCGACCGGGCUCAGCACAGAUAGCCUUGCUGAUGCAGGCUACCCUGGUGCUGCUGCACUAGGAGAUGCAGUGAGUGGAAUGGCGGUAGCAUAUAUCACACCAAGUGAUUAUUUGUUUUGGUUCCGGUCACACACAGCUAAGGAGAUAAAGUGGGGUGGUGCAAAGCAUCAUCCAGAGGAUAAGGAUGAUGGACAACGAAUGCACCCACGGUCAUCGUUCAAGGCAUUUCUUGAAGUUGUGAAGAGCAGGAGCUUACCAUGGGAGAAUGCAGAGAUGGAUGCAAUACAUUCCUUGCAGCUCAUAUUGCGGGACUCUUUCAGAGAUUCUGCAGAGGGCACGAGUAACUCAAAAGCAAUAGUCAAUGGCCAGGUUCAGGUCGGGGAGCUAGAAUUACGCGGAAUAGAUGAGCUUAGUUCGGUAGCAAGGGAGAUGGUUCGGUUGAUCGAGACAGCAACAGUACCCAUCUUUGCAGUUGAUACUGAUGGAUGUGUAAAUGGUUGGAAUGCAAAGGUUGCUGAGCUGACAGGCCUCUCUGUUGAGGAAGCAAUGGGCAAAUCAUUGGUAAAUGAUCUCAUCUUCCAGGAAUCUGAGGAAAUAGUAAAUAAGCUACUCUCACGAGCUUUAAGAGGUGAUGAAGACAAAAAUGUAGAGAUAAAGUUGAAGACAUUCGGUUCCGAAAAAUCUAAAGGGCCAAUAUUCGUUAUUGUGAAUGCUUGCUCUAGCAGGGAUUACACAAAAAAUAUUGUGGGGGUUUGUUUUGUUGGCCAGGACGUCACCGGAGAAAAGGUGGUCAUGGAUAAAUUUGUCAACAUACAAGGGGAUUACAAGGCUAUCGUACACAACCCUAAUCCUCUCAUACCCCCAAUAUUUGGUUCAGAUGAGAAUACUUGUUGUUCGGAGUGGAACACGGCAAUGGAAAAACUCACAGGAUGGCCAAGAGGGGAAGUUAUUGGCAAGCUUCUGGUCGGUGAGGUCUUCGGUAAUUGUUGCCGACUCAAGGGCCCAGAUGCAUUAACGAAGUUCAUGAUUGUCCUACACAAUGCUUUAGGAGGGCAGGAUUGUGAAAAAUUCCCCUUUUCAUUUUUUAACAAGAAUGGGAAAUAUGUGCAGGCCUUAUUAACUGCAAACACGAGGAGCAAAAUGGAUGGUGAGGCUGUAGGGGCCUUCUGUUUCUUGCAGAUUGCAAGUCCUGAAUUACAGCAAGCCUUCGAGAUUCAGAGACACCAUGAAAAGAAGUGUUAUGCAAGGAUGAAGGAAUUGGCUUACAUCUAUCAGGAAAUAAAGAACCCUCUCAACGGUAUCCGAUUUACAAACUCGUUAUUGGAGAUGACUGAUCUAAAGGAUGACCAGAGGCAGUUUCUUGAAACCAGCACUGCUUGUGAGAAACAGAUGUCCAAAAUUGUUAGGGACGCUAGUCUCCAAAGUAUUGAGGAUGGCUCUUUGGUGCUUGAGAAAGGUGAAUUUUCACUAGGUAGUGUUAUGAAUGCUGUUGUAAGCCAAGUGAUGAUACAGCUGAGAGAAAGAGAUUUACAACUUAUUCGAGAUAUCCCUGAUGAAAUCAAAGAAGCCUCUGCAUAUGGUGACCAAUAUAGAAUUCAACAAGUUUUAUGUGAUUUUUUGCUAAGCAUGGUGAGGUUUGCUCCAGCUGAGAAUGGCUGGGUGGAGAUACAAGUCAGACCAAAUAUAAAACAAAAUUCUGAUGGAACAGACACAAUGCUUUUCCUCUUCAGAUUUGCCUGUCCUGGCGAAGGCCUUCCCCCAGAGGUUGUGCAAGACAUGUUUAGUAACUCCCGCUGGACAACCCAAGAGGGUAUUGGCCUAAGCAUAUGCAGGAAGAUCCUCAAAUUGAUGGGUGGUGAGGUCCAAUAUAUCAGGGAGUCAGAGCGGAGUUUCUUCCAUAUCGUCCUUGAGCUGCCCCAGCCUCACCAAGCAGCAAGUAGGGAGACAAGCUGAUAUGGUUUAAGCUCGCUGCUAACCUUGCAUAACUAUUUGGUCAACCAGGUGACCUGAUAUCUUCUGAUAGAGAACCCAGUUUAUGAGAGUUCCAGAAAUCAACAUUUCAUCUAAACUUUGGAGCUUCAUCCGUGGUUCUCGGUGUCGAGGCCUGGUCACUCCUGUCCCCUGACAUGCCCCAACUGUAAGUUCAGCUUUGGACGAUGUUGUUCUAUUAGAGUUCUAUUAUGGCGGCAAGUAAUGCACACUGACUGUAAUGUAACUCGUAGCAUAGGCCCACUACCACUUGGUUGAAGUACAUAUAUUCUACUAAUGCUGCCAUGUAUAUACAUCGGGUUAUAUAUGUACUAUGCAUAAGGAGAGCCGUGCAGCUCCCAGAGGGGUAUUUUGUAGGGCUUCCCAAGCCUACGGAAUCUUACUUGCUCAAAAAAAAAAAAAAGCCUACGGCAUCUUAUUAAUUCUUAUUAAUCUUAACAUAUGUCUUCCAAUUUUGAUCAUACCGUUGCUCGUAAGACCAUUUUCA